AUGCACCCACACUUGAACAGAACCAACAACGAAGGUCCUCCUCCUCCCUCGCCCUACCCCAUGUUUGAAAGCGAAACAACAAAACAAAACAAGACAAGACAAGACAAGACCCGUUAGCUGACCCGAGCGAGGUGAAGACAGUUGCGCCGAGGUGACCCGGAUACUGGAGGAAUGCCACGCUCGCGGGUUCGUGUGGAAGGCCAUGGGCAUGUGCAACGGGGCCAAGCAUAACCUGAACAUGUGUCUGCGGGCCGAGAGGCUCGAGCGGACGAGGAGGAAUAGGGAGGCGGCGACGGUCAAGAGGAAGGAGAUUGUGCGUGUGUGGGAAGAUAUCGAGGCGAAUUCGUGA